AUGACUUUUGUCACAUCAGUGAACAGAACAUGUGUGGAGUUGAGACAAAAGUUGACGCGGCUGCUGAGGUUUUUACCGAAGUUUGGACGCGAACAUCAGCAGGAACUCGAGCCAGAGGAGCGCGGACGGCUGCUGAGGACGGGGCCGCACUUGUUGAACGCCAGGCGGGCGCUCGCGCUGUCCGAUCUGUACCGGCGGCAGCUGCUGUGCGACGCCGUCGUCCGACUCGCUGACGGCGGAUUCUUCUUGGUGCAUCGCGUCGUCCUCUCUACCUGCAGCAUGUACUUCAGGACACUGUUCACCACAAAGCUACACACGGUCUGCAAGACGGACGUCCUGAUCCCUGGUGUGACGACGGAGGAGAUGAGGCUCAUCUUGGACUACGCAUACCUGCGCCCUCUGCCCCUGAACGAGGCGAACGUCUACCGCAUGCUGGUCGUCGCCGACUACCUGUGCGUGACCGGCCUGCACGACCUCUGCACCGACUUGCUCAUCAGCAUGCUUUCUCCCAGUAACUGCAUCCACAUCAUGCUCUUCGCUAGACAGCCGUCGUGCAUUCGGCUGGAGAAGGCGGCGCGGCGGUACGCGCUGCGGCACUUCCCGCGCGUCGAGAUGGAGACGGACGCGCUUCUCUGCCUGCCCGCCGCCGAACUGGGCGCCCUGCUCAGCACGGACUGGCUCAACGCGCGCAGCGAGCAACUCGUCUGGUGCUGCGUGCUGCGCUGGACCGCCGUCAACCCAGCGGCGCGCAUGCGCUACCUGCCUCUGCUCAUGCGCUGUGUGCGCCUCGGCCUCCUCGACGUCCACUUCUUUCAGCGCAACGUGAAGAGCCACCCGUACGUGGAGGGCAACCGGGAGUGCCGGCCGGUGGUGCUGGAGGCGCUGAUGCUGCUGUACCGGCGCGAGAACCCCGGCGGGCCGGGGGCGCUCGCCGCGCCGCACCCUCUGUCGCGGCCGCGCGUCCCCUACGAGGUGGUGCUCGCCAUCGGCGGCUGGACCGGCGACGGCAGCACCGCCUGCUUCGAGAUGUACAACACGCGCACCGACGAGUGGACCGAGGUGUGGGAAGAAGACCCAGCGGGCCCGCGCGCGUACCACGACAUUGUCGUCAUCGGCUCCGACGUGUACGUCAUCGGCGGUUUUAACGGCCGCACCGUCUUCCGGUCGUGCCGCUGCUUCAACGCCGCCGUCCAAGAGUGGCGUGAGGUCGCGCCCAUGAACUUUCGCAGGUGCUACGUCAGCGCGGCUGCCCUAGGUGAACUCAUCUACGCCAUAGGCGGCUACGACGGUGAGGAGCGUCUGAGGACCGUCGAGUGCUUCGACCAUUACACCAACCAGUGGUCGCUGGUCUGCCCCAUGAACGCGCCGCGCUCCGACGCCACCGCUGUAGCCCUCGACGGGCGGCUGUACGUGGCGGGUGGUUUCGACGGGCAGAACUACCUGCAGUCUGUGGAGGUGUACAACCCCGUGGCGGACCAAUGGACCCUCAUACGGCCCAUGCGCUUCCCUCGCAGCGGCGUCGCCGGCGUCGCCUACUACGGCUGUCUCUACGUCGUAGGUGGAAACAACGGCUAUUCGAGACUGCGGAGCGUCGAGAGAUACGACCCUGCUACCGGUCAGUGGACGCUCACCCCAGAGAUGUACACGCCGCGCAGUAACCACGCCAUCGCAGUCAUCGACGACAUGAUAUUCGCCGUCGGCGGCUACGACGGAACUUCAACCGUCUCCUACGUCGAGUGCUACAGUCCUUCUGCCAACGAGUGGUACGGAGCGGCCAACCUGAACGUCCGCCGCUCUGCACUGGCGGCGUGUGUGGUCUCCGCCCCCGAACUGCCGCCCCCGCGGGACAGCUGGUGGCAACUCUCCAUGGCCAGCUGCGGUCCCUGCUUUCGGCGCGAGGUGAGACCGUGGCUCCAAAACCGCAAGGGGCGGUGA